UGGAUUGAGUCUGCUACUAUUGUUGAAAUUGAUGUUGUGAAUAAUCUUUACGGACGUAACAUGUUAAUUGGUUGGUUACGACGGUCAAGCGCGGUAAUGAAGGUCUUUUCUAAAUCCUACGAAUUGUUCAAUGCUACUAUUGUUGGAAUUGAUGUUGUGAAUGAUCUUUACGGACGUAACAUGUUAAUUGGUUGGUUACGACAGUCAAGCGCGG